GUACCCUUACUGAGAAGUGAGAGUAUGAAUGGAAAUAAAAAUCUGAUGUCGUGAAAAAUUGAGCCGGUCCAAAAGUAAUUGUUUUUAACCAGUUCCGAAGCUUACAUUGGCGAAAAUAUGAGCUUCUAAAGGAUGAGCUGAGGUUUAAUAGAAAGACAUUAUAAUACAGAGACAAUAAUGAGGCUGAGUAAUAUCCACAGUGCAAUCACCUUGGCCCUGGUAUGGCCAGCAUACCUGCUGCUGCUAGCCGUGCCAUCAUCCAGUGUACAGUCAGUACGUCUUGCCGGUAGUCCAGUCAACGUGACCGGCGUGAAUGAGGGCCGCGUUGAGGUUUUCCACGAGGGAGCGUGGAAAGACGUCUGCCACCGGCGAUGGGACCGCAGGGACGCGCAGGUGGUCUGCAGGGAAAUGGGUUUUUCUGGGGCUUCGUUUGCGAUGGUCGAGUCCCACUAUGGUAGUGGGGAGAACAACGACUCGAUGCAGAAUUUUGACUGCGAAGGAGAGGAACAAUUUCUAGAGCAGUGUCCGUUCAAGACGGCAGCCAAGACUUGCAGGGACGGGGAAACAGCAGGAGUCAGCUGCUACCUCCCCGGCUACCUGGGCUGUUUCUUAGACCGUACCGUGGGCAGCGUUCUCAACAGUGACUACCUAUCAAGCGAAGACAUGACCGUACGCAAGUGCCUGCAGUACUGCCACGACAAGAAAAUGAGGUACGCCGGUCUCCGACAGAACACGGAUUGUUACUGCGGCACCAACGGGACCGACUACGAUGCGUGGGGCUCGGUCAGCGACACCAACUGUUUGUUACACUGCGGCGGCAACUACGCGGAAGCGUGCGGGGGAGAGACGACGUGGUUCUGGACGACCUCCGUAUACGACGUUGAUUUGGCCCAAUGCCCGGAGCCAGACGAGCCUUCCUUCGGCUACGUGAGAGAGACCGGAGCCUUCUGGUACGGCACCACGGCCACCUUUGACUGCUACACAGGGUUCCAGCUUCACGAGGAUCACACGUUAUCUUGCGUCCUGGGGGAUGAGGUCAACGAACUUGUCUGGCACGGGGAACCGUCCACGUGUAAAGAAAUACCAGAUCCUAAUAGUCGUGACAAGGACGAUGAAUGGGACCGAAUCUUGAAGCAAGCCCAGCUCCUGAAAGGGACCAAAGGAACUCUGAAAUUGAGAGAUCAAUCAUCAACAAGGAUAAUUAUCGGAGCUCUAAUCGGUUUUGUCAUUUGCGUCGUUAUAGCUGUCACGAUCGUUAUCGUGUGCCGAAAAGAAAGAAAAGCAAAGAGAUCUCCGAAGAUACGGAAACAAGAGGAAGCAAACAGCAAUGGGACCGGUUACCACCUAGCCAGCGGGGGACCGUCGACAUCAGUGAGCGACUCAAAAAUAUGACCCGGCAG